UGCUACUGGCUAACUUGCUAAGCAAGGAGUCUCCAUCAGCAGGAGGCGGAGAAGACUGCGGGCAGCAGAGAGAAGCAGUCAAAUCAAAGGACUGAACCUUCCCUGGAGACUCGGGAAGCUCUCACACACAGGAAACCGUUAUUAGAAAGGCUGUACAAUGUCCGAUUUUGACAGCAACCCGUUCGCAGACCCGGAUUUCAGCAAUCCCUUCCAGGAUCCCUCGGUGACCCAGGUGACACGAUCUGCCCCUCCUGGUGGUCUGGAGGAGUAUAACCCCUUCACAGACGCCAGAACGGCAGCCCCUGGAAAUGCCCCCAAAGCCGCUCCUGCCCCUUCGCAGAACACACAACCUGCCAUCAUGAAGCCCACAGAAGAGCCGCCGGCGUACACACAGCAACAAACUCAGGACCAAGCGCGUGCUCAGGCCGAGUUGUUGAGAAGGCAGGAGGAGCUGGAGAAGAAAGCAGCAGAGCUCGAUCGUCGGGAGAGAGAGUUACAGUCGCACGGAGCCGCGGGAGGGCGUAAGAACAACUGGCCUCCGCUGCCAGAGAAGUUCCCUGUUGGCCCAUGUUUCUACCACGACAUCGCUGUGGACAUUCCUGUAGAGUUCCAGAAGACUGUCAAGAUCAUGUACAACCUCUGGAUGUUCCAUGCAGGCACGCUCUUUGUGAACAUGUUCGGCUGCCUGGCCUGGUUCUGUGUGGAUGCAGCUCGCGGUGUAGAUUUCGGCCUGGCCAUGCUAUGGUUCCUGCUGUUUACUCCCUGUUCUUUCGUCUGCUGGUACAGACCGCUUUACGGGGCUUUCAGGAGCGACAGUUCAUUCCGCUUCUUUGUCUUCUUCUUCGUCUACAUCUGUCAGUUUGGAGUUCACGUUCUACAAAGUAUUGGCAUCACCGGUUGGGGAACGUGCGGUUGGAUCGCGGCUCUAACCGGUCUGAACACCAGUGUCCCAGUGGGGAUCAUCAUGUUACUGAUCGCAGCCCUGUUCACGACGCUGUCCGUGGGCUCGCUCAUCAUGUUUAAAAAGGUGCACGCGCUCUACCGUACCACCGGUGCCAGCUUUGAGAAGGCUCAGCAGGAGUUUGCGACCGGCGUCAUGUCCAACAAGACCGUUCAGACUGCAGCCGCCAACGCUGCUGCUAAUGCUGCAACCAACGCCGCUCGCGGGGCCUUCAAACCUCAUCCAUAAACUGAGACACAUGGGUUACACACACACACACACAUAGACACACACACACAGACACUGACAAGAUGGAGACGCACAACUCUGGCCCUGCUGGCUCUCAGAUCAAGUUUAUUUAUGAAUGUUACCGUGCUAAGAUUGCUCUGCACACUGAAAAAGUGUCAAGUAAAAUAACAAAACAAGUGACCAGAGUUGUCCGUCUUCACUUCAAAUCAUGUAUCAGUACAAAAAUAAACACAAAAAAAACUCUCCUACAUCCUUCCUGUCUGCUUUUCAGUCAGGUGACUUGUCUGCUCACAUCCCUGAAAACAUCCACCAAGUGACUGGAGGACGUGCUCUGAGUGUGUGUGUGCGAUCUCGUCUCUCACACGCUCACACACUCCUUCGCUUCCCCUCGUUCUUCUGUCCCCUUGAGGUGAUCCCAGGUCAGGCAGAGGUCGCAGUUCUAGCAUACCUUAUUUUUGUCAUGGUGAUGACCUCCUAACAGCUUCCUGCCUGAUAACUACAGUGUAGAGUCAUGAAAAGUCUGAUCAUGGUGGUUUUUGCACAUAGUUCUGUUUUUCCUCGCCCACGUACUGGAAGUGUGUGUGUGAGUGGCUGGGCCUCUGUGCGAAUGAGCGCUUCACUUUAAGAUAAUUGUGGCUCUGACUUUUGUUUUUUUUUAUAAUCAUUGAGCUCUCAGAGGUAAAUUGUACCUAUAUCAGUGCUUCUAUCGUGAGACAAAUACCAUUAUGGUAAGACUUCAUAUAAAUAGGAAUAUGUCUGUAUGUUCUUAUUUAAGGACCCGCCCCCCUCCAGCGACACCUGUCAGUCAAACAUUUACUCCUGCUCUGUGUGCUCCUUUGAUCGGGCUGGUUCAGCAUCUCUAGAUUUGACAGCAUGAAAGCAUGUUCAGCACACUGCAGGGAGCCAAGUCAUUCUGUCCACUGCCUUUUUUUUUUUUUACCAGGCUACAUAGAGGAGGGGAGCUGGUUUUUUGAGGGGAGGGAUGUCUGCCCACUUAUUCUCUCCUCAGUUUGAAGUGAUGGCACGUCCCAGUGGAUGCUGGACUAAUGAUGAUGGCUCAGCUCUUCCUGGCCUGGUGUACUAAAAGGAAGAGAGGGGGGGAGGUUAGAAACAUUUUCCUUUAUCUACAUUAACUAUGUGGCUCUCCCUCCGUUGUUUUUGUAGCUCUUCACACUAACGCUGCUAUGAAUACGAGAGACGCUCCUGUUGAGAGAGAGCUGACCUGCCUUUUCUCACAGAACUGGACGGUGAUUUUGAGCGACAAUUAUUUCUGUGAGUUUAACCUGCAUACAUGGAAUAGUAAUAUGCGCACUCCAUAAGCUAACAGUCGGUUCCCGUUGAUCUUUCUCUCUCGGUGGUUACUGACAGAUUACUGAAGUUUUAUAGCCAAACUGAACGUUAACAUACCAGAGGAUUGGACUCGAGACACAUUCAGUGAUAUCACGAUGGUACGUUGAUGUAUAUCCAGUUCUAACAGUGUUACUCAGCAGCACUAAGUUGUACAGAGUUACUGUCACUGAAGUGAAAUAUGGACGUGGGCUUACAUGUUUUGUUCUCAUAGUGGUGGUGAUUGUGUGACGACGUGCAUGAUAAGAUGACUGACGCCUGCUGUUACCGCAAAUGUACAUACUGAGCAUCGGGGUGGACGAAAUACGAGCGUGUUAGGAAGCUGAGGGUCAUGAAAAAAAAAAACAAGCCUGCAUCUCAGCAGUAUUUUUUGUUUUUUCCUUUUCGUUGAAUCGUUUAAAAUUCGUUGCACAUUUCUUGUUUUACGUUAGUGCAGAACAAAAAAAAACAUGUUUUUAUUUAUGGUUGUAAUUUAAGUUUGGUUUGACUUUUAUGUUCUUUUUUUGUUUGUGUGGUUUUGUAACGACACGGUCGAAGCAUCAGCUAGACUUAAAAAAAAAACAGUGUUCAAUGACUUUGCAACUUGACCCUGCAAGAGGUGUGCUUGUUGAAUGAGAAUGUGUGUAUAUGAUUGGUAUGAAAGAAGAAUAAAAAACAUCUCCCUCAAGUGUUAUUCUAUGUCCUGAAAAGCUGUGAGAAAUCUACCAAAUGUCCAUAUGGAUUUGUUUUCAAAUCUCGGUUUGUGAUGUGUUCCCUUUCCACGUUUUACUUUGAAACACAACUUUUCUUUGCCACAUGCGCCCACACGACUCCCAUGUACCUAUAGUUGCUAUAUGAAGCCAUGCCACCGUGGGUCAUUCCUUGAUGUAUUUGGCGAGCUGGUUCCGCAGUGCAGAGCGACGUGUUUGAAGUUUGCUGACACAAAACUGUGUGGUUUUUUUUUUUGGCCUGUGACCAUGUUAUUUCACUGAAUCAGAGAAGAAGCUCAUCCAAAAGGGACACUUGUAUAUUUUGUAAAGUUGAAAAAUUUGAUCCCCAUUAUCAAUCACAUGUAAAAAGAAAAAGUAAUGCACUCUCGUCUGGCCUUUGUCGCAUGUGAAAUAGUUUGAGUUUUGUAUAUUUAUGGUAUUAACAUGAAAUAAAAUUUGAAAGAAAUAUU